AUGCACCCUCAUUCGGUUUGGAUGCAGCUGAAGGGUCGGGCAGUUGGUUUGGAUGCUGACACCCGCACAACAAUGACUAUGGCUAACAUCAAUUGCCAAAAUGACCCGAUUAACCCCAACAACCGUGUUGCUAUCACACACUUUGGCAUGGCCACACCCAUUUGUGGACAAUCUAGUGGGGGAUGGGGCAAUCGGGUCGGCCUCAUCCUCAGUUUGAGCAACUUUCUGCUGCCGCCAGAUUCGCUGCUCGGUCACGGAUACCGAUUAAUGUUCAACAGAGGAGCACAAAGCGAGCCAAAUUGGGCUGGCGCCCUCGGUCGUAGGGAGGAGCAGGCUCCAAUGCUUCAAUGGGAAAUGGGAUUUGAUUCGUGGCAUUUAGACUUCGAGACGAUCUGUAGAUCUUCAAUGUAA